AUGAAGAUCCUCUUCUUCUUAACGUUAUUUGGCCUUGCUGGCUACUGGAUGAAUCAAUUAAUGUACACCUGGUUGCCAAAGAACUACAUCUUUGACCCAGUGACUUUAAACGAGAUAUGUAACAAAGUCAUUUCCAGACACAACACCACAGAUGAAGUUACUGCUGUGCCAUUGUUCACCGAUCUACGUGAUGAAUUGGCCGCAAGGUAUGGUGAAGAAUACAUUAACAAGUACGUUGACGAAGAAUGGGUUUUCAACAAUGCAGGCGGUGCCAUGGGCCAGAUGAUCAUCUUGCAUGCAUCCAUUUCCGAAUAUUUGAUUAUCUUUGGUACUGCGGUCGGAACCGAGGGCCACACUGGUGUGCACUUCGCAGAUGAUUACUUCACCAUCUUGCGUGGCCAGCAGACUGCAGCCCUGCCAUAUGCGACGAACCCCGAGGUCUACUUGCCUGGUAGUACUCACCACCUGCAGAAAGGGUACGCUAAGCAAUACAGCAUGCCUAGCGGCUCGUUUGCAUUGGAAUUGGCCCAAGGCUGGAUUCCAUGCAUGUUGCCUUUCGGUUUCUUGGACACCUUCUCUAGUACUCUCGAUCUCUACACUUUGUACAGAACCGUGUACCUCACUGGAAGAGACAUGAUCAAGAACUUGGUCCAAAACGGUAAGUUUUAG